UCUGGUGAUCCAUUCUGUAACACACCUGGAACAUCUGCUGAGUUAUUUUCAUGAAAUCAUAAAGUUUUGAUGCUAUUUUUGAUGAUUUUGACGUGUUUGGYUGUGGUCCUGAUGUGCUCGGUGGUCUGGAGCUUUGAGGCUCCGGAGGAGAAGAAGGAUGUGUUUUCCAGCACGGCCUGUCCUGCUUUCCUGACCUUCACUAAUGCUGCUUUCAUAGCCGGGGUGACCGUGGAGCUGCCAUGCCACUGCAAACCAGAGGAGGUCCAAUCAGUUGUCUGGUUCUUCAGAAAACACUGGAGCAGCUUUGAUGAGACCAGAGCCCUGACAGAUAACCAUGGCAACAAGCUGCUGGACACAAGUCAGGUCCCUCACAGCAGUGACCUGCGGAGUCGAUUCUCCAUCAGGAUGUUCAGUUUGCUGAUAUUCAAAGCGGGACCCGAAGACUCCGGCCUCUACAUCUGCGGCUCCACGCAUAAAGACUUCUUCUAUGGUUACGACCUGGACAUUCAGGAAGCUCCAGCGCUCAGUUUCCCCCCCAGGGUCUCUACAGAAAGUAGAAAGAAGAAGAGACAUAGAAGCAGUUUCGUCGUCUAUUCCCACCCGAUGUACAAGGUUUUCAUUAGCUUCCGGUCCUGGUCAGUGUGCGACCGCUGUGGCGCUCCAGGUGAGCAGGUCCGUAUCGGACUCUGCUACGUCCACUCCCGUUUCCUGCAUGUGCGCUACAGACUGGCCAAUCAGACAGUGGCUUCCUGUGGCUCAGAAGGAGUCCCCCUGUCAUUCAGCCGCAUAAACCAGGAGCCGAAGGUAGAAAUCAGAAGCUGCCAAGUCACCUGCCCACCUGAACCUUCCCCACCCUCAAAGCUGACCGCUUUGAUGGCGUUUCUUGGGUACAGGUAAG